CUGGCAUUCUAUCAGCACUAAGUUUCACGUGCAGACACCAUUAGCGAAACGUCCACGCUGGUGUGGUGGCGGUGGACCAUUUGUAUUAAUCUCAUGCAUUGCGACGGGUCGCUAGUUCGACCAGAGGGACGUUCUGCUGGCAUUUCAGCCUGUGAUGUCCUACAAUCUCCCAGACUCGAGAGUCUCACAAAUUCCCCUCUCGUCUGUCUCGAAGAGACGUCCGCUCCGCAGUGCGGUAGCUCAAGGAUACGAUGAGGUUCGCGGCUAGCAUAUCGUUGCUGCUUCUAUCACUCGCUCCGCUGGGGUUCGCACAGCAGGCUGGAAAGGAGUCUGGCUUGACUGCUAUCAUUACGCAGCUGCCUUCGUGCGCGCUGUCAUGCCUCACACAGGCCAUCGCGGCGUCCCCAUGCGAACUGACUGACACAGCAUGUAUCUGCACAAACGCCGAACUGAACGCCAACGUGGAGGGUUGCGUUCUCCGGUCGUGUACUCUGAGAGAGUCGCUCACAACUAAAAACCUCACGACCACAACAUGCCACGCCCCUGUACGCAGCAAAAACAUGACGUUGAAGCUUACCAAUAUCAUCCUGGGAGCUGUAUCCGCAACCUGCGUUCUUACCCGCAUUCUGUACAAGUCGUUUUUCUCCGCUGGUGAACUGGGAUGGGACGACUACAUAAUUCUCGCCACUGUUGUCUUCGGCAUUCCAUCGACCAUCAUACAGGACAUCGGAACAAUCAAACAUGGGCUCGGGAAGGACGUAUGGACCCUAUCGUUUGGCACCAUCACCGCUUUUGUGAAGUGGUUCUACAUCAUCGAAGUGUUGUACUUCUUCAAUGUGGCCAUGUUAAAGCUGUCGCUACUGUUCUUCUUCUUACGAAUCUUUCCGGCUAAACCGAUCAAACGACUCCUUUGGGCUACGAUCGCAUUCAAUAUCUGCUUCGGGAUCGCGUUCAUAGUGACCGCCAUCUUCCAAUGUACACCGAUCAGGUUUUACUGGGAGAAAUGGGACGGCGAACACGUAAACGGCAAAUGCAUCAACCUGAAUGCCCUGGGGUGGGCGAACGCUGCUAUAAGCAUUCUCCUAGACAUAUGGAUGCUCGCCCUGCCGUUGUGGCAAGUGCUGCAGCUAAAACUGGCGUGGAAGAAGAAAGUCAGCGUAGCUAUGAUGUUCUUUGUAGGUACUUUCGUUACCGUCAUUUCCAUCAUCCGCCUCCAGUCCCUCAUCUCCUUCGCCACUUCGACGAACCCCACCUGGGACCAAGCCGACGCCGCCAACUGGUCCACCAUUGAGAUCAACGUCGGCAUCAUCUGCGCCUGCAUGCCCGCGCUCCGCCUCAUCCUCGUGCGCAUCUUCCCCCGCGCCCUCGGCUCCACGCAAUACGCCUCCAACCAGUACUACGCCAAGUACGGGACGAACCGCUCGGGCGCGUUCAAGAGCGGACACAACGCCAGCGUGGGCCGCUCGCAGAUGGGCCACGACGACGCGUUCGCAAGCAAGAACGCCAACGCCAUCACGUACACGACGACGUUCGAGGUGCGGCACGGCGACGACGAGGAGCAGCUGGUUCCCAUGGACGACCUCAGCGCCAAGGGGCACAAGGUGCGCAGCAGCGGGUCGAGCCAGGCGAGUGUGAGUGCUGCGAGCACGCCUGUGGUUGCGGAUCCGCCGCGGCGACUGUCGUGACAUUCACUAGACCUAGAAUUCAUCUCCUUUCUCAUCCCUUUCCACUGGCAGGGAGCACUGCCCCGAGCCAAUCCCCGCGCUGUAGUGAACUAUGCUGGCCUUCUCGAUCGGGGGCUCGCCAACCCUUCUCUUUCACUCAUCACAGCACCGAGCAUGGUCCCGCGUCUCGCAAAACAGCCGAGCCCGACCAUAUCAUACCCGCCCGCAGCCCUUCG